AUGCCUGUUGUUCAGUCCCAGUGCCCUGACGGCGAAGUCGCGUUGAAUACUCUGCUUGAGACUCAAUCGUCAGGUCAAGCGAAAACCAGCCCGAGCGCCGAAGAGGACUCCGUCGGCUCAGUGAUUUCCAGUGAUGACAAAAGCUUCGUGGUGUACUCCAUGUAUGCUGCUCGGGCCAGUUUUGUAGCAGGGGCGAGCAAUAGUAAAAAUGGUCGCGAGGGAUACAAAUCAGGACAUUAUAUCAUAAUCUGCGCACAGCUGUCGUAUCCUUUGUCGCGCGGAAAUGUAUCUGGAAGUUCUUGCCCAUCAUCUUCAAUCCCUCGAAACGCCUCAACCACAGAACCGUUGGCAUCCCUCCUCAAACCUCAAAGCCUCCGAAAGCCAGACUUCGCAGCGGGGAGACGGGAUCUGAAAGCCGCGGAAGAAAAUCUCGGUCGAACUGUACUCGGGCGUGGCACCCUCUAG